AAAAUCACAUUAUACUUAACAAAAUGUUCAAGUUCGUGAUCUUGUUGUCGGUUGUUGCCUGCGCCUUUGGAGCCGCUAUCCCUGAGGGUCUCCUCCCCCAGUUGGAUGGACGCAUCGUUGGAGGUACUGCCACCACCAUCGGAAGCUUCCCCUGGCAAAUCUCCCUACAGCGUAGUGGCAGCCACUCCUGCGGUGGUUCCAUCUACUCUGCCAACAUCAUCGUGACUGCUGCUCACUGCCUGCAAUCCGUCUCCGCCUCCUCCCUUCAAGUUCGCGCCGGCUCUAGCUACUGGAGCUCCGGUGGUGUUACCAGCAAGGUUGCCGCCUUUAGAAACCACGAGGGCUACAACGCCAACACCAUGGUCAACGACAUUGCUGUCAUCCGUCUGAGCUCUUCCCUGUCCUUCAGCUCCAACAUUAAGGCUAUCGGUCUGGCUUCUUCCAACCCAAGCAACGGUGCUUCUGCCUCCGUCUCUGGCUGGGGUACUCAGUCUUCCGGCGCUAGCUCUAUUCCCACCCAAUUGCAGUACAUCAACACGAAAAUCGUCAGCCGUUCUGUCUGCGCUUCUUCUUCCUACAGCUAUGGUAGCCAAAUCCGUGCAACCAUGAUCUGCGCUGCUGCCAGCGGCAAGGAUUCCUGCCAGGGUGAUUCCGGUGGCCCAUUGGUCUCCGGUGGUCAGCUUGUUGGUGUUGUCUCCUGGGGUAUUGGUUGCGCUUACUCCAACUAUCCUGGUGUGUAUUCCUCUGUUGCUGACCUUCGCUCCUGGGUGGUCAGCGCUGCCGGCAACUUCUUAGAUAUUGUUGGCGGUGUUGACAACCCAAGAGCGGAGGUCGGCAACAGAGGCGUAGACACCGGGAUAGUUGGAGUAGGCACAGCCAAUACCCCAGGAAACAACACCGACGAGCUGACCACCGGAGACCAAUGGGCCACCGGAAUCACCCUGGCAGGCAUCCUUGCCGCUGGCAGCAGCGCAGAUCAUGGUCGAGCGGAUUUGGCUACCAUAGCUGUAGGCAGAGGAAGCACACACAGACUGGCUAACGAUGUUCACGUUGACGUACUGCAGCUGGGAGGGGAUGGAGCUAGAGCCGGAGGACUGAGUACCCCAGCCAGAGACGGAGGCAGAAGCACCGUUGCUUGGGUUGGAGGAAGCCAGACCAAUAGACCUAAUGUUGGAGCUGAAGGACAGGGAAGAGCUCAGACGGAUGACAGCAAUAUCGUUGACCAUGGUGUUGGAGUUGUAACCCUCGUGGUUCCUGAAAGCGGCAACCUUGCUGGUAACACCACCGGAGCUCCAGUAGCUAGAGCCGGCACGAACCUGAAGGGUGGAGGCAGAGACGGAUUGCAGGCAGUGAGCAGCAGUCACGAUGAUGUUGGCAGAGUAGAUGGAACCACCGCAGGAGUGGCUGCCACUACGCUGGAGGGAGAUUUGCCAGGGGAAGCUUCCGAUGGUGGUGGCGGUACCUCCAACGAUGCGUCCAUCCAACUGGGGGAGGAGACCCUCAGGGAUAGCGGCUCCAAAGGCGCAGGCAACAACCGACAACAAGAUCACGAACUUGAACAUUUUGCAAAUUAUUACAUUUGCAAAAUGUUCAAGUUCGUGAUCUUGUUGUCGGUUGUUGCCUGCGCCUUUGGAGCCGCUAUCCCUGAGGGUCUCCUCCCCCAGUUGGAUGGACGCAUCGUUGGAGGUACUGCCACCACCAUCGGAAGCUUCCCCUGGCAAAUCUCCCUCCAGCGUAGUGGCAGCCACUCCUGCGGUGGUUCCAUCUACUCUGCCAACAUCAUCGUGACUGCUGCUCACUGCCUGCAAUCCGUCUCUGCCUCCACCCUUCAGGUUCGUGCCGGCUCUAGCUACUGGAGCUCCGGUGGUGUUACCAGCAAGGUUGCCGCUUUCAGGAACCACGAGGGUUACAACUCCAACACCAUGGUCAACGAUAUUGCUGUCAUCCGUCUGAGCUCUUCCCUGUCCUUCAGCUCCAACAUUAGGUCCAUUGGUCUGGCUUCCUCCAACCCAAGCAACGGUGCUUCUGCCUCCGUCUCUGGCUGGGGUACUCAGUCCUCCGGCUCCAGCUCCAUCCCCUCCCAGCUGCAGUACGUCAACGUGAACAUCGUUAGCCAGUCUGUGUGUGCUUCCUCUGCCUACAGCUAUGGUAGCCAAAUCCGCUCGACCAUGAUCUGCGCUGCUGCCAGCGGCAAGGAUGCCUGCCAGGGUGAUUCCGGUGGCCCAUUGGUCUCUGGUGGUCAGCUCGUCGGUGUUGUCUCCUGGGGUAUUGGCUGUGCCUACUCUAACUAUCCCGGUGUCUACGCCUCUGUUGCCGAUCUCCGCUCCUGGGUGGUCAGCGCUGCCGGCAACGUCUACACAUAUACUGACAAAACGAUCAACUCACAUCCCAAACGAUCGUUUUGCGAUAUGUUCAAACUCGUGAUCGUUUUGUCUAUGGUUGUCUACGUUUUCGGCAACUCUAUUCCUCAUGGGCUUCAGGAACUAUCAGUUGGCCGAAUCAUUGGAGGCACGGCCACCACCAUUAGCAACUUUCCCUGGCAAGUAUCCUUACAGCGUAGCGGCAGUCAUUCAUGUGGAGGCUCCGUUUACUCCGUUAGCAUUAUUGUGACUAGUGCCCGGUGUCUGCAAUUCGUGCCCGCUUCCAUCGUCCAGGUUCGUGCCGGAUCUACUUACUGGAAUUCUGGGGGUAUCCUGCUGCAGGUUUCCGCUUUCCGAAACCAUGAGGGCUACGAUGCCAACACCAUGGCUAACGAUAUUGCUGUCGUCCGUCUGAGCUCAUCCCUGUCCUUUAGCUCCACCAUUAAAGCAAUUGAUUUGGCCAAUUAUGCACCCGCUAACGGAGAUGCCGCGUCAGUUUCUGGGUGGGGAACAGAGUCUUAUGGAUCCAGCUCUAUUCCUUCUCAGCUACUGUACGCUAACGUAAAUAUCAUCAGCCAAUCCAUAUGCGCUUCCUCUAGCUACGAUUAUGGUAGCCAAAUCAAGAACACCAUGAUCUGCGCUGCUGCCAGCGGCAAGGAUGCCUGUCAGGGUGAUUCCGGUGGCCCAUUGGUCUCUGGCGGUGUGCUAGUUGGUGUAGUCUCCUGGAAUUAUGGCUGUGCCGCCUCAAACUACCCAGAUUACAUUUUGAAAAUGUUCAAGUUCGUGAUCUUGUUGUCGGUUGUUGCCUGCGCCUUUGGUGCUUCUAUCCCUGAGGGUCUCCUCCCCCAGUUGGAUGGACGCAUCGUUGGAGGUACUGCCACCACCAUCGGAAGCUUCCCCUGGCAAAUCUCCCUCCAGCGUAGUGGCAGCCACUCCUGCGGUGGUUCCAUCUACUCUGCCAACAUCAUUGUGACUGCUGCUCACUGCCUGCAAUCCGUCUCUGCCUCCACCCUUCAGGUUCGCGCCGGCUCUACCUACUGGAGCUCCGGUGGUGUUACCAGCAAGGUUGCCGCUUUCAGGAACCACGAGGGUUACAACUCCAACACCAUGGUCAACGAUAUUGCUGUCAUCCGUCUGAGCUCUUCCCUGUCCUUCAGCUCCAACAUUAGGUCCAUUGGUCUGGCUUCCUCCAACCCAAGCAACGGUGCUUCUGCCUCCGUCUCUGGCUGGGGUACUCAGUCCUCCGGCUCCAGCUCCAUCCCCUCCCAGCUGCAGUACGUCAACGUGAACAUCGUUAGCCAGUCUGUGUGUGCUUCCUCUGCCUACAGCUAUGGUAGCCAAAUCCGCUCGACCAUGAUCUGCGCUGCUGCCAGCGGCAAGGAUGCCUGCCAGGGUGAUUCCGGUGGCCCAUUGGUCUCUGGUGGUCAGCUCGUCGGUGUUGUCUCCUGGGGUAUUGGCUGCGCCUACUCUAACUAUCCCGGUGUCUACGCCUCUGUUGCCGAUCUCCGCUCCUGGGUGGUCAGCGCUGCCGGCAACGUCUAUUACAUUUGCAAAAUGUUCAAGUUUGUGAUCUUGUUGUCGGUUGUUGCCUGCGCCUUUGGUGCCGCUAUCCCUGAGGGUCUCCUCCCCCAGUUGGAUGGACGCAUCGUUGGAGGUACCGCCACCACCAUCGGAAGCUUCCCCUGGCAAAUCUCCCUCCAGCGUAGUGGCAGCCACUCCUGCGGUGGUUCCAUCUACUCUGCCAACAUCAUCGUGACUGCUGCUCACUGCCUGCAAUCCGUCUCUGCCUCCACCCUUCAGGUUCGUGCCGGCUCUAGCUACUGGAGCUCCGGUGGUGUUACCAGCAAGGUUGCCGCUUUCAGGAACCACGAGGGUUACAACUCCAACACCAUGGUCAACGAUAUUGCUGUCAUCCGUCUGAGCUCUUCCCUCUCCUUCAGCUCCAACAUUAAGUCCAUUGGUCUGGCUUCCUCCAACCCAAGCAACGGUGCUUCUGCCUCCGUCUCUGGCUGGGGUACUCAGUCCUCCGGCUCAAGCUCCAUCCCCUCCCAGCUGCAGUACGUCAACGUGAACAUCGUCAGCCAGUCCGCGUGCGCUUCUUCUUCCUACAGCUAUGGUAGCCAAAUCCGUGCAACCAUGAUCUGCGCUGCUGCCAGCGGCAAGGAUGCCUGCCAGGGUGAUUCCGGUGGCCCAUUGGUCUCCGGUGGCCAGCUCGUCGGUGUUGUUUCCUGGGGUAUUGGCUGUGCCUACUCUAACUAUCCCGGCGUCUACGCCUCUGUUGCCGAUCUCCGCUCCUGGGUGGUCAGCGCCGCCAACAAUAUCUAAGAACAUUGCGAAAUAAAUAUCAACCUUGAAAAUUUA